AUGACUUCCCGGGACAAUUCUUCGUCCAAAUUCCUUCAUUCCACAGAUAACGACAAUCACACCUUUCCCAACCCGCACCUUGCGCCUUCAGAAAUCGGAGAUGGCGCGAGCGUUUUAUCAUCGCGAAUGACCGAUAUAGCUUCCGAAGAUGGAGAUAAUACAGAUACCUUUUCCGGCCCAGUUUCGCAAAGUCAACGAUUAAGCCAGCGCCACAGCAUACAGACUGGAGAUGGAACCUCAAGGCCAGACACAGGAGUCACGGCUGUUUCUUCCAGAGGAACGUUUGGACAAGCUGCCCCAGCUCGAAGAGGCUAUAUCCCAGGAAUAAUGGCGCAACGAGGGAGCACACCAGGACGACCUCCAAGCUCUACAAGCAAGACUCACGUACCAUCUCUAAGUGCCCAUGCUUUCUUCCGCCCGAUGAGUUCUCAGAGACUCCAAGCGCAACGAGGAGGAUCUCGACCAGUUACACUUAUACAGCAAGGGUUUGGUGAAGAUGGCUCUUUGGAUGGAGGUAGUGUGAGGCAGAGCGUACAUUCGAAUAUUACUAUACCUCAGCAAAUCAUUACCGAAGAUGCAGACUUACCUCUGCCACCAUCUCGAGGUACCGAAGUGACAGAGCUAGGAACAGUGGAUAGAGGUACCGCAAACGCAAGUCCUACGCAUGGCCAUGCAGCUGGAAGUUUCGCAGAUAGUGUCCGCCCCUUGCAGAAAGGCCCAGCGAAUACGAAAGGGCUGAGUCUGAACAUUGAUAAAGGUUACAAAAACGGCACUUCGACUCCCAAAUCUCCACGGUCAUUUCAUUCCAAUUUUUUGAUGCCUACAAGAAACGAUGGACCUGCUGGAAGCCCCAGUCCGAGUCGUAGCAAUCAAGGCCGAGAAAAGCUCUCGUCUGCUGCUUCUUCACCAGGAUUUACUCCCGUGGAUGCGCAAAACAGGAACAUGCAAACUCCAAACCUUGGUAAAAAUCAUCAAUAUUUCACAGGUAACACGGUAUUCUGCUGGGGAGGUAGGCUGCAAAAUACUCGGCACAGACCCAUCAACAUUGCCACGGAUUGUUGUUCCCCGUUUUUAUGGUACUAUGUUUCUCCUGCGGUGCCUGUUUUGUACGCCUACAUUUUUUACAUUUGCAUGUCCUCUUUCAUACAUGCUUCUGUGUCUGAUCCUGGAAUUUUACCUCGGAAUUUACACCCAAUGCCUCCAGCAGAAGAGGAUGAAGAUCCUCUUCGACUGGCGCCAACUCAAAAUGAUUGGACUAUGAUCAAAUCGGCCCAAUCUAGCACAAAUGCAAUGGAAGUGCCUACGAAAUACUGCAAGACUUGUAACAUUUGGCGACCACCUAGAGGGCACCAUUGUCGAGUUUGUGAUAAUUGUAUCGAGACACAGGAUCAUCAUUGUGUCUGGUUAAAUAAUUGUGUCGGGCGUCGAAACUAUCGUUACUUUUUUGUAUUUGUGACUUCGGGUACACUUCUUGGGACAUACCUCCUAGGUGCGAGUAUAGCCCAGAUUAUUGUUUACGGGUAUCAACAAGAUAUUUCAUUCGGUGCCUCGCUAAGUUAUUGGAGAGUCCCCUUUGCAAUGUUCAUUUAUGGCCUCCUCGCUACACCAUACCCAGCCGCACUGAUGGUGUAUCAUUUCUUCCUUAUGGGUCGAGGUGAGACAACAAGAGAAUAUCUCAAUUCACACAAAUUCAUCAAGAACGAUCGUCAUCGUCCAUUUACCCAGGGAAGUUUUGUUAGUAACUGGAUUGCUGUACUUUGUCGACCCCGACCUCCAACCUACUUAAAUUUCAAACGGAAAUACGAAGAAGGCGAUCAAAGAUUCGGCGAGCGAAGGGGAAAACGAACGGCGCCUAUCAAUAAGGAAUUUCAAGAUGGAGGAAAUAAUAUGGAAUUGCAAAACGUUCAUAAUACGGAAGGGGAAGGGUUUCAAGGACCUACAUCUUUGAGACGGACGACUUGAGGAGUUUGGCUGGGUGUUCUGGACGGGAACACUUUUUGACUUUUGCACUGACGCUAGAUACCUAUUUUCCUUGCAUUUUUAUGUUACCAUGGUGGGAUCAUACUUGUACUUAAUAUUGUAUUAUCUUUGAAGAAUAUAUGAGGUGAGCAGAAGAGAGGAUAAUACAAAUGAAUCAUCGAAUCGCAGUCACUGCUGGCGGUGGCCGACGAUAGGGAUGAGAGGAGAGUAUUUUGAUGAAAGCUGGAGGUUGUAGUACAUUUUACUUUCUUAUAGGAAGGAGGUGAGAUAAGAGAUGGACAAAAAGAGAAAUAGCUGAUAUCUCGAGACGGCCUUUAUUAUCAUAUUAUACAAAUAUACCUAAUUUACUCCAUGACAUGAAGA